ACUAAGAAGGACGUGGGAAAUUUUGUCUCUUUACGGCAGGACACCUGCUAAAUUUGGAUGUGAAAUUUGCAGAAAUUUGAAUUGGCCUGCUUGUCUUGGUUUCGUCCUGAUCUUAUCAUUGCGCUACCCUCACCCUUCAAUUAGAGUAAACAAUCUCGUCGUCCGGACACAUAUUACGAGGCCGUACAGCGUUCCCAUUCUACGAUUCGGAUGAUAAAAAGAGGAUAAGUGUUCCUCGCAGCAUCUUAAUGCCAUCCCAGUCAACGCCCCAAAUAGCGAUAGAGACGCUUUUGCGUAUGAAUAUCGGAGACGGCCAGUCGUCUCUGCCAGGCCGCCCUGCUUGCUCACGUAAACGUACAAUUUCUGCGGUAUCUCGUCUUUCGGCUCGCGCUUCAAAGGUCUCUGUGCAGCCUAAAGUCGAGCCGUCGGUGGCCGCCACAGCGCAAACAGGGCCCCACGAUGCAUACGGUGCCUUUGCACCUACACCAUCCGCCUCAUCGUCUCUUCACCAGUUCGCCACCACAUCCAAAACAACUGGUAUCCUUCGUCGGCGUGUUCGACCACCCCUUAUGUGGCGAGACACAUGGAGCGAACCAUCGUCCCCCACUUCCCCCACCUCCUCACAGGACAGCGCUUCUGCCAUUCAUACUCCAUUGGAAACUACUCCGGACUCACCCCGGGCACAUGUUAGACUUCACUCGGAACUAAACCCUAUCCUUGCUUCGCUUGAGAGGAAGUCAAAACUCUGCACCAACAGAGUGCGAUGUGCUACCUGCGGGAAGCCGGGAUCUGACUACCCCCGCUGUGGGAAAUGCGGAGAAAUGUGGUGUUCCAGGGACUGUAGGUUGCAAGGCAGGAAAAGGCAUGUAUGUUCCCGGACUACCUCAUUUUGAAUAUACAGAUUACUGGAUCGUACAUCUUUCUACACGACCUUUCGCGCACACACC